ACAGAAUGUGGUGAAGCUUCAAUUUCUAGGUCCCAUGGUACUUCCCUCGUCUAGAGGAUGGGUCUUUUGUUCUUGGUGGGUUCUGUCCACUGUUCCUGAGGAUUCAAAUAGGCUGGUCUGGUGUUCUCUUCUCAGCAUCCCUGUAGAUCCCUCGUUUUGACCCUGUGACCUGCCUUUCAUACUUUGUACCCUGUAAUCAACCUUGGAGAGCAAUAUUACAAAGAUGCAAUGGAGCAGUGCCACAACUACAACGCCAGGCUGUGCGCUGAGAGGAGCGUCCGGCUGCCUUUCCUAGACUCACAGACCGGAGUGGCACAGAGCAACUGCUACAUAUGGAUGGAGAAGCGUCACAGAGGCCCAGGUUUAGCCUCUGGUCAGCUCUACUCCUACCCAGCUCGCCGUUGGCGGAAAAAACGCCGUGCUCACCCGCCGGAGGAUCCAAGGCUUUCCUUCCCUUCCAUCAAACCAGAUACUGAUCAGACCUUAAAGAAAGAGGGGCUGAUCUCCCAGGAUGGCAGCAGUCUGGAGGCUCUCCUGAGGACUGACCCCCUGGAGAAACGAAGCCUGCCAGACCCGCGCAAUGAUGACGACAGCCUCAGCGAGUUCCCUGUCACCAACAGCCGUGCGCGGAAGCGGAUCCUUGAACCUGAUGACUUCCUGGAUGAUCUGGAUGAUGAAGACUAUGAAGAGGAUACACCAAAGCGACGAGGCAAGGGCAAAGCCAAGGGUAAAGGCGUCAGUGGUGCUCGGAAGAAGCUGGAUGCAGCCAUAUUAGAAGAUAGAGAUAAACCUUAUGCCUGCGACAAUAGUUACAAACAAAAGCAUACCUUGAAACCUCCCGACCGAGUCUGUGGGAAGCGUUACAAGAACCGCCCUGGGCUCAGUUACCACUAUGCUCACUCCCAUCUGGCCGAGGAGGAGGGGGAGGAUAAGGAAGAUUCGCAGCCCCCGACGCCCGUCUCCCAGAGAUCUGAGGAGCAGAAGUCCAAGAAAGGUCCUGAUGGCUUGGCUUUGCCCAACAAUUACUGCGACUUCUGCCUGGGAGACUCAAAAAUCAAUAAGAAGACUGGGCACCCGGAGGAGCUGGUGUCAUGUUCGGACUGCGGACGAUCAGGGCACCCUUCUUGCCUCCAGUUCACUCCGGUUAUGAUGGCUGCAGUGAAGACGUACCGUUGGCAGUGCAUCGAGUGUAAAUGCUGCAACAUCUGUGGCACCUCGGAGAACGAUGACCAGCUGCUCUUCUGUGACGAUUGUGAUCGUGGGUAUCACAUGUACUGUCUAACUCCGCCCAUGUCAGAGCCACCCGAAGGGAGCUGGAGCUGUCACUUGUGUCUGGAUUUGCUGAAGGAGAAAGCAUCAAUCUAUCAGAACCAGAACUCCUCUUGAUUCGGUUUUGGGUUGGAGGGCAAAGCGUGGCUCAGUAGAGUAACCUCCAGUCACUCAUUACAUACAGGGCUCUGUUACUUUUUUGUCCCCCCCCCGCCCCCCUUUUUUUUUUAUGGUUUAACCUUUCCCGUGUUUUUUUGGGUUCCUUUUUGUUGAAUUUCUCUCCUUCCCAAAGCAGAUUGGACUCUGCCUGUUACCAGAAGAUCCAUCCUGGUCUGGGGUUAGAAGUGGAUCCACUUCCCCCACCAUAUCAGGUGAAGUCUUGUACGCAAGGCUGUCCCUUGGUGGUGGUUGCGUUUCUGCCUCUGUCUAAGCACUGCUUCAAACAUACAUAGCAUGAACCAAUGCUUGACCCUCACUGAAGGCAAAACCAAUCCUAGCACGCAGAUGAGACACAACAAACAGGAAUCUCCUCUCUGUAUAGGAGGGAGAAUCGCCUUAUUCAUCCUGGUGAAAGGUGUCUCUUGGACUCUCCAGUGCAGGAACUGCAGAAAGAAGCGCCAUAGGAGAAAAGGGGUCUUACAUCCUCAUUUAAAUGACUCCUAUUCCUGAGUCUGCUUUGCCAUUCAGCACUACCGAGUUAGCAGCCAUCUCCAGGGCUCCCGUCAUCCAUGCUCUUAUGCUACAAGUCUGUCUGAGCAAAAUCAGCCUGUCAGGUAAAGGGAAAUGGCUCCAGACAUUCUUCGUGUCCCAAAUCCUCCUUCUCCUCCUCCGCUUACUCUAAUUAGUGGGUUUAAGUCCACACACUUCUCCUAGUAUAGACAGGAAGCAGUGGUUGUCCCUGGUUGAUAGUAGGGUAUCGAUCACUGAUCGCCCCCUCCUUCCACGAGUUGAAAGUGGUUUGACUGGUAUAGGUGACUGGACCACACUGUUUUCAACACCGCCUGCUAGAGAAUUGAUUCCAGCACUGGUAGAAAGGGAUCCAAUGUGUGGGUGAGGGUGUGGUAUCCCUUGUUUGUCAGAUAAUAUCAACCAUGGAUCAAUAUCCCAGUGUAGAGAAGGCCUUUGAUUUCCACCUGAGUCAAACCAGUUUAAAUAUGAAGUGACUCCAUUGUCUCUUGGUUUAUGCUGGUCUGACUGAGAUCAGAGUCAAACCCAUAGACCCUACAGUACCUCAGCUUGAUGGUGUUUUUACACCUGUCCUGUAAAACUACACUCAGCAUCCCAUAGUUCCAGGUUCUAAUGGUCACACAGGGUUUAAACUUUCACCAGGUUAUUUUGGAAAAGGUCUGCUUCGGCCUCCUUUACAGACUCCAUCCUUGAGAGGAGAAAGGGAUGGUCCUUAGGAUUCUUCACUGCUGCCUUAACAUAGUCCAAGUGCGUAAGUUGGCCCUUCCCAUGUACAUCCCCUGCACUCAAGCAUUUUAAUGGAGUUUUGCCUAUUGUGUUUUUAACCUACAAAGCCUGCCGUCCUGGCUUUUGGUGACGAUUUAGCUUUUCAAUCAUUAGGAUAAUGAAACUACAGUUGGAGCUGUUGUCCCGGACUCUUGAGUCCCGUACCGAAGCUGUACGGUCGCCAUCCCUGCAAGAGGCUUGAGUCCUCCCGUGUUGUAGCAAUGGCAGCACCAUGCCUCCUGAUAGGAGGAGGAGGGUUUGGGACUGUGGGUUCAGAACAAGCAGAGACCACUGGUGUUUCCAUGGAACAAAGUGCAGAUGGACUAGUCUUUUGAUUUGCAGAUCCCUUUGCCGCUCCAGUUAAUGUGCCUAUGCAAGGGAGCUGCAUGCCCAAGACUUGGGAGUGCCUGUUCCAGCCGGUCAAUGGGUAUGAAUGCAUGCCAGCAGGGACUCAUCGCCCCAUGCCAUGGUGUGUUGUUAAAGGCUGAGCUGGCUCAUUUCAGGACCUUGCUCUGCUCGACGAUGGAGGAAAAGAAGCCAGUUUCUUCUCCCAGCUUGCUGCUGGGCUCUCCCUCUCUUGGAAAAUAAGGAUCCCUCUCCCUCCCUCCUUGCUAUUUUUGUUUCCGCUCUGCAGGAAUCUCAUUGUAUCAUGUGACUCGGAACCCACUGGUGACCUUUUGAAGCCCUCCAGGCAUCGCUGUUUUCAGUAGCAGGGGUCAAGGUGCAUGGGAUGAUUUUUGUUGUACAGCCCUAGUAUAGGAUGAAGCAUUUUUGGAAGGGUGACACAAAAGGGUUCUGUUGAAUAAUGUGCCUGUUUUUUCUAAAUCGACUUCAAACCUACCUCCAAAAUCCCUUUUUACGUUCUUCCUUGCUCACUAGAAAUGCAUUUAAAAAAAAACACUUCACCUGUACAAAAGGGGCUGGAUGGCUCAGGGGAUGGUGAAUGGGAGGACUUUUGUUCACCACUAGGUCACUGGUUCAAAUCUAGCCCAAGCUGGUAGCAAUCAGAAGCCAUUACCAGCCACUGGUGAUUUGGUGGCCUGUAUGAAAUGAGUUUUGUGGGUCUCAAUCCAGUGUAACACACACAUGCCAGGAUCAAGGAGGCCAUGGAGACUGGACAUUGUGGCACAAUGAGGAUGUUUGCCAUGCUGUCCCUUACGUGGCUAAAAGUAGAUGGUCAGUCCAGACCUGUUCUGAGCACUACUUCAGAUGGAAAUAUUAAAUAAAAGACCCCACUCUCUCCAUACUUGCACAACAGAGACAUGUCUGCAUUUGUUUGAAAUCCUGUAUCCACUCAGCAGUGGCUGUGGUUGGAAGCCACCUGAAAAGGGAAGCAUAGCUUCGCCCACUUCAUUACCUUAUCCACUCUUAUGAACGACUGAAGCUGAAGUGGGUGGGGAUUCAAUGCAGGCAGAGGCAGAAAUCCUUUUUGCCUCUGAUUCCAUCCAGAGCCUCCUAAUAAAUGGGGCUCAGUCACUGAGCAAAUCUUCCUUGCUUGGCUAACUGGGGAGCUGUUGCCCAAACUGAAAUUGGCCAUCCCCAGCAGCUCUCGCCAGCACUGCAGGGUCGUGAGUGUCUUGUCUUGGACAGACCACAAUCCCCUGCAAAGUAUCACAUGUGUGUCUUAUCCUGCCCACCCCAAAAAAACACCAAAAUGGCUUGUUAAACCCCUCUCUUGUCACUUUGGGGUGGGUUACUUUUCUUAAAUUUGUGUGUAGCUCUCCUUGCAAUGGGAAUUCAGCGCUCAGGUCAGAUGUGUUCCAGAUACAUUGGUUUCCCAUAAGGAGGCUCUUUAGGUUUGGGAUGGGGAAUAUUAUAUAGCUCAUUUCUGUGCUUUCACCUUGUAAUGUUUUUCAGGGUGUGUGAUGCGGGGGGGGGCGGAGGUGUCAGCUUGAUUUCCUCUAUUCUUUAUGAUGCUGCUUCCCCUGCCCCCUCUUGGAGGAGAAAUGUCAAACAGUUCUGAGUAGGGAAAGCCACCUGCUGCUGAGUUAGUUUUCUUCUUUGACUGACUUUCACAGCUUUUCCCUCUGAGUUAGCAAGCUGCCUCCCUCACUCCCACAUACAUGCACGCACAUUCACACAUGCAUUAACAGCCAUUUAUGUAUUGAGAAUAGUGGACUUGUGUUUUUCCAUUUCAGUAACCUAAUUAAAUCGCAAAGUCUCAGAAGCAUAUUUUGGGUUUGGGUUUUUUUAAUUUACAGAGUAAAAAACAAAUGGGAAUUUUUUGCUGCUGUUAAGAUUCCUUUUUUCCCCCCCUUUCCUCCCCACUUUAAUUGGAGCCAAGGUGUGUAAUUUUUUUAAGGUACUGUAUUAAAAAAAACAUUAGUAAAUAAACAUUUUUACACGGA